UUAAGACAAUCGUGGCAUAGUUGACCAGGCUAAGGUGGCUGGCUAUGGGGGUGGGAGCAGCUGAAGCACCGUUGACGAAUGAAUACCCAAUAGUGAUCUGAUGAUUUUGAUCUGAACAGCCAAGAAUUUGAGAAAAGCUCUUCUUGCGUUUCUGAAUUGAUGAACCUUCUUUGAUACCCAGAAGCCGAUUGAAGAUCCCGCAAAUCUUCAUGUGAUGGUGGAGUGCGAUUUUGGGUAUUUGUGACUAGAUAAAAAGGAAAGAAUGGGCAGUCGGUGGUGGAGGAAUUCCUGUCAGGAGGUGGCCGGCUCUAAGCCGCUGUUCCUGACGAUCUACACCACCGUUAUUGUUGGAAUUGUUGUCUCCUCCUUCUAUGUCUUCUCCGCUAUCUACUCUGGUUCUGGCUCCUCCUGGCUCUCCUCUCCUCCGUCAAUCUCCUCUUCGCAUGUAGAUGAUCACAACAUAAAUCAGAUGCCCAAUCUUUUUCAACCAACGACAGCCAUGGAGGCGCCACCACCUCCAUUACAGCCUCGAAGCAUAUCGGAAAAAUCUAUUUGGGAUGUUCCGCGUACUAAGAAAAUGCCACCUUUGAAGAGCUUUAAGCUAACAAAGGAAUUGAUUGAGAAAAGGGUAAAAGACAACGUCAUAAUUGUAACAUUUGGCAAUUAUGCAUUUAUGGAUUUCAUCCUGACUUGGGUUAAACAUUUGACGGAUCUUGGGCUUUCCAAUCUUAUUGUUGGUGCCAUGGACAACAAGCUGUUGGAGGCCUUGUACUGGAGAGGUGUACCUGUAUUUGACAUGGGCAGCCACAUGAGCACUGUUGACGUCGGUUGGGGUUCUCCGACAUUUCACAAAAUGGGGCGAGAAAAAGUUAUUCUGAUAGAUGCAAUUCUUCCUUAUGGCUAUGAGCUAUUGAUGUGUGAUACUGACAUGGUUUGGCUGAAGAACCCUCUACCCUAUCUUGCUCGUUAUCCUGAUGCUGAUGUUUUGACUUCAAGUGAUUCAGUCGAGCCAACAGUUGUUGAUGACAGCUUGGACAACUGGAAACAAGUUGGUGCUGCCUAUAACAUAGGAAUUUUCCACUGGCGACCCUCAGAGUCUUCAAAAAAGUUAGCAAAACAGUGGAAAGAUAUGCUUCUAGCUGAUGAUACUAUAUGGGAUCAGAAUGGGUUCAAUGACCUUGUACGCAGGCAAUUAGGACCAUCUGUUGAUGAGGAGAGUGGACUGGUAUAUGCUUUUGAUGGGAACCUGAAGCUGGGAAUUUUGCCAGCAAGUAUAUUCUGCAGUGGUCAUACUUAUUUUGUCCAGGCCAUGUAUCAACAACUCAGAUUGGACCCAUAUGCAGUGCAUACCACGUUCCAGUAUGCAGGUACAGAUGGAAAGCGUCAUCGCCUACGAGAAGCCAUGGCCUUCUAUGAUCCACCAGAAUAUUAUGAUUCACCAGGAGGCUUCUUGUCAUUUAAACCAUCUAUCCCAAAGAGCAUGUUACUAGAUGGGCCACAUACUGUAGAAUCACACUUUGCUCUUGUUAAUUACCAAAUGAAACAAAUUAGGUCCGCACUUGCUAUUGCCACACUGUUGAAUCGUACACUGGUCAUGCCUCCAUUAUGGUGUAGGUUGGAUAGGCUAUGGUUUGCACAUCCUGGAGUUCUGGAGAGGUCUAUGACUAGGCAACCUUUUCUCUGCCCAUUAGAUCAUGUGUUUGAGGUAAACGUAAUGCUGAAAGAUCUGGCACAAGAGGAAUUCGGUCCUGGGAUCAGCAUUAGAGAGUACUCCUUUUUGGACAAUCCUUCUUUGCCAAGACAUAUGAAAGAGUCAUGGCUUGAUGUUCAGCUGUGUCAAGAAGGGACCAAGGAUUGCCAUGCGUCUAACAAUACAAGUCCGACAAGACAACUAAAAUUUCCCAAGCACAGCGAUGAAGAAAAGUUCAAAUCAGUAUUCUCCUCAUUCAAGGAUUUCAAAGUCAUCCAGUUCUCUUCGAUGCAAGAUGCUUUCACAGGUUUCAUUGACAAGACAAGGGAAGAGAAAUUCAGGAACCGUGUGAAGCGCUAUGUUGGUAUAUGGUGCUGUGUGGAGAAUCAUACUCCCGGUCACAUAUACUAUGACAUGUACUGGGAUGAAAAACCUGAUUGGAAACCACUUCCACCCCAAACUGCAAAGGAAGAUCACCCGCCCUGGUGAGCAAGGCCUAACCUCAAAUAUAUAUAUUUAUCGACGAUGUACCAGACCAGCAAGGGAUCAUAGAAAGAAAUAUAUAUAUUUAUUGACGUUGUACCAGAGCAGCAAGGAAUCAUAGAGAGAAAUAUACUGUUGUUAAAAGCAAGAGCAUAUUUUUGAUAUGUGUAGAUGGGAAGUAAUUGUAUCAAUACGUAUAAACCGAGAACACGCUUCGAGGUAGAGGAAGGUUGAUGUACUUCUAGUUUUCAUUCAGUGUAACUCGAAAAAUUUUGACUCUGUAGUGGACUUCCCAUUAUUCAAGAAAGGAAAAAUUGAUAGAAGCUACCUUCUUUGAGCUGCA